CCAUUAAAACCCUCAGAGCAUUUCAGUUGCCUGUUCCAGUCCCAAGCGUGUGUCCUGCUUGAUCGCCAGCCUUCUCUAAUAGAACCCUUUGGAAAGAAACAAGAGUCCAAGAUGUCUGAGAAAAAAAUGCCAUCGAGUCGCAAGCAUCAUCUGAAGAGCGUGAUGCUCCAGAUUGCUAAGGACUUGCUGGAGGCAGAGGCCAUAGAGGCAGUGGAAGAGAAAAAAAGGUACAUGGAAGAGAACUGCCCCGCAUUGGACCUGCCUGGGUCGUUGGUGGAACUGCAGGAAAUGUGCAAGACAAUCCAUCACCAGCUUGAUAAAGUGGAUGAGGAGAGAUACGACCUGGCAGGCAAAGUGGGCAAGUGUGACAAAGAGAUUGAUGAUUUGAGGAUUAAAGUGGUUGAGAUCCAGGGCAUUAAGAAGCCAGCCCUGAAGAAAGUACGUAUGUCUGCUGAUGCUAUGCUCCAGGCUCUGUUGGGCUCCAAGCACAAGGUGACCAUGGAUCUGAGAUCCAAUCUGAAACAAGUGAAGAAGGAAGUCAAAGAGGAUGACAAAGAUACAGUUGGUGACUGGCGUAAGAACAUUGACGACAAGGCCGGCAUGGACGGCAGGAAGAAGAUGUUUGAGGCCGCAUAAACGCUAUGGCAAGACCAUUUCCCCUGCUUUUCUCUGUGUCUUAAUAAAUCAGUUGGUAGCCAUGGCCGUCUUUUGUGUUGGAUAUAUAAGGUAGUACUGUGGUUAAGUCACAGGUGGAUUUGUACGACCUUGUUAUCGAUUUCACUGCUUCCUUUUAGUCUGUAUACCCCAGACCCAGGUAAUUACCUCACAGCAACUUAAACACAUUUUGAAAAGCACUUACUGUAUGUUAAAUAAAUAUUUCAACACCUGGAAUAGCAGUUUUAUUUUGCUUGCACGUCUUCAUAAUGUGUGAGAUUAAAAAACGAAACUACUUAUGCAGUAGACUACUUGAUUUGGGUAGGAUUAGUAUGCUAUUCAAUGUUAUUCAAUAGAAGAUAAUGGGCAUGAAAAGCUAGGUGUGAAAAAAAACUGGAAUAACUAAAGGACUUUAAAUCUAGGACUUGAUUUAUUGGAACAUAUCACACACACCAAAAGGCAUAUUCUCUGUGCAUGUACUCUUUUGCUCUCAUAUAAUGAAUAAUAAUUUCAUUAAUUAAUCAUUGCAUAACUUUUUAAAUAAUAUAACAAUAAACUAUAUAUAUUAACCAAAACCACAAGAUGUCAGUGGAGCACCUGUUCUCCUUGCCUCUUCUCUCCCUCUCCCGUUUCUCUAUCGUUCUCCCUCUCCCCCUGUCUCUCUAUCUCUGUGUCAAUCUGCUGACCUAUUGAACUUGAGGUAAUUAUAACUCCUAUAACUGGUAUGGCAAAUUUUUAUUGUGUGAGCAUUUUGUGCAUGAAAACUGAUAGGAACAUAUUUAAGCUAGGAUUUAAUCAAUUGUUGAUGUUUUAUCAGUACUAAC